AUGGAUGAAGUACCUUUGACGUUUGACCUGCCUCUCACUAGGACUGUUAACAAGAAAGCAUAUGUCGCAAAAAAGUGGAAGAAUGAUGGCUUUUUUGGCCACCUGUUUCUGAAUGGUUGUAACCCAAUAAUGAUCAAGAGGUACACAGAAGAUCAGCAGAAAAUUCCAAUGGAGACUUUGGAAAAGGUGUACCCUGAUAUUAAGGAAAAUAUCCAGUUGAUUCAGAAGCCUGGAGAGGACAAUCCAGUUUUCACCCUACAAGACAAUAAAGCCUGGCUCUUAGCCAAGAUCUGGGUUCGGAACUCUGACUUCUACUACCAUGAGCUGGUUUCUCAUCUUCUCAGAACACAUCUGAUGGGGGAAAUAUUCUUCAUUGCUAGCUACAAUAUGGCUGAUCAACAUCCACUAUCAAGGAUUCUUCGUGCAACUGGUCGGUACACCUUACCAAUCAAUAUUACUGCCAGAAACACCCUCAUCAAUAAAGGUGGAUUCUUCGAGGCGUACACAGCCAUUGGGAAUGAGCAAUGGGAGGUUUUAAAAAAAGCAACAGAGAAGAUCACCUAUGAGAGCCUCUGCCUGCCAGACAAUGUGAAGCAGCGUGGCAUCGAAAAUCUGAAGAACUUUCACUACAGAGAUGACGGCAUGGACAUCUGGGAUGCAAUAUAUAAAUUUGUUUGUGGAGUGGUGAAUGGAUGCUAUAAAAAUGACGAAGAUAUACAGAAGGAUCCAGAGCUCCAUGAAAUGGUGACGUUCAUAUACAACUAUGGAUUUCUGCGGAAGUUGGAUUGUCCCACAAGCCUGAAAACAAGAGAAGAAACCAUUAAAUACAUCACCAUGAUUAUGUUCACCUGCUCAGCCCAACAUGCUGCUGUGAACCAUGGGCAGUAUGAUAUUUAUGCCUGGAUGCCAAAUGGACCAACAACAAUGAGGAAGCCUCCACCCAAGAACAAGGAGGUGACCGAAAAAGACAUAAUGGACACUCUUCCAGACAUUACUACAACACUUGAGGCAAUGAAAGUGGCUAGUUUCCUCAGCCAGGUUCCAAAUGACUUUGUGCCACUUGGAGAGUACCCUGAGGAAGUUGCUUAUGAAAGCCAUAUGAGAGAUCCCCUCAUGGAGUUCAAAAGCACACUGAAGGGAAUUGGAGAGAAAAUCAGGAAGAGGUCUGCCUGCCAAGAGUUCCCCUAUGAGUAUUUGGACCCUGCAGGGAUGGAAAACAGUAUCACUAUCUAA